GCGGAGGUCCGUUCAACGAGAAGAACUCUACCUCGCUCACUCGUCGUCCGGCGCGCGUCCAAAACGUAGGAGUUGAUUUCUCCUUUCUUUUGUUAAUUCGUUUUUACACACCAGCAACCCAAUACAAUAUGUCUGGUCUUGUGGAUCCCGUGGCGUUCGCCAAGGAUUUCAUAGCCGGUGGUAUGGCCGCCGCUAUCUCAAAAACAGCGGUUGCCCCUAUUGAACGUGUGAAGCUAUUGCUGCAGGUACAGCACAUCUCCAAGCAAAUUGCUGAGGACAAGCGUUACAAGGGCAUGAUUGAUUGCUUUGUGCGCAUUCCAAAGGAACAAGGCUUCUUGAGUUACUGGCGUGGUAACUUAGCUAAUGUUAUUAGAUAUUUCCCAACUCAAGCCUUGAACUUUGCGUUCAAGGACAAGUACAAACAAGUAUUUCUUGGAGGUGUUGACAAAAACACACAGUUUAUGCGUUAUUUCCUUGGAAACUUGGCCUCUGGUGGUGCUGCUGGUGCUACAUCUCUGUGCUUUGUCUACCCACUUGACUUUGCCAGAACCAGGUUGGCUGCUGAUGUAGGCAAAGCUGGAGGUGAACGUGAAUUCUCUGGUCUUGGAAACUGCUUAUCCAAAAUUUUCAAAUCUGAUGGUAUUUCUGGUCUUUAUCGUGGAUUCGGUGUAUCCGUCCAGGGUAUCAUCAUCUAUCGUGCUGCCUACUUCGGUUUCUACGACACCGCCCGUGGUAUGCUGCCGGAUCCCAAAAAGACACCAUUCCUUGUUUCGUGGGGUAUUGCUCAGGCUGUCACAACUGUCGCGGGUAUUGUAUCUUAUCCAUUUGACACAGUACGUAGGCGUAUGAUGAUGCAGUCUGGUCGCGCCAAAACUGAAAUUUUGUACAAAAGCACCAUUCACUGCUGGGCCACUAUUUAUAAGACAGAAGGUACCAAUGCUUUCUUCAAGGGAGCAUUCUCCAACAUUCUCCGUGGUACUGGUGGUGCGCUCGUGUUGGUACUUUAUGAUGAAAUUAAGAAUCUCCUUUAAGACAUUAUAACAAACUUCACCUCAUUACCUUCACAACUACAAUUGCAAGUACCAUCUUUAUUACCCUCACCAUCCGACGUAACAGCAGUUAUCAGAUCGAGUAAUUUCCAGACUGAAACAGUAUACAGGCUGUCGAGAAAUUUGAAAACAGUUUAGACUGGUCUUUUGGUAGCAACUUGUGAAUUGCAUGAAACUCGGCAGAAUAAGUAUCUUGACUGUAGAAGAGAAUUCGCUUAAUUUAUUGCCGGAUUCAGUAUUUUCUUGCAGUGGAUCACAUGUGCUAUUUUCAUAUUCCAUUUUCAUAAGGGAGAACAAAGAAAGAUAUACUUAUAUGUAUCUGAGAAAUUAAGAGUGUGGAAUUAACAGCAUGAUGGAUAUAUGAAAUGUUUAAUACAUGUGACUAUGUAGGCGAUGGUCGAGACAUAAAGUAGUCAAAAUAAUUAUUUAAAAAAGAGAAAAAUCAUAAAAACAAGCGUAUACAAUUGAGCAAGAGAAGGGACGCGCGACGAAAUAUCAUUACGGCGAUGGCGGGGCGCGUAGACUUGGGCCGCCCCCCGCCCUAACUCUCGGCCCAUUGUAGAUAAUUAAUAAAUGGUCAUAUUAACGAUAUCAGUGAAGUUCAUCGAGUUUCAGUGAACAAUAAUUUAAUUUCGCACUCAAAACAACUACGUGUAAGAUAAUGAGAAACGUUACUUGUGAGUGUAUGCAUCCAAUGUGUUCAUGUUAGGAUGCGUGCACAAAAAAACGACAAAAUCAAUAAAAGCGAUAAUAAAA